UUGUCGACGUUUACAGCGGGAACUAGCGCAACCUCUACGGUGGAAGUAGAAAGACAUUCUUCUACUAUACCUCCGAUUGCUGGAACUGAGGCUGAACAACAUGCUACUCACAUUGGCCUCUCCAUCCCAUCAGUAGAACCAGAACCUCCAUCUGAUGCCCUCGAUGAUGAAGCUCCACUUGAUAUUAGGCUUAAAAUCGUAAAGAAAGGAAAGAAUUACGCUUCUUCGGUUGUGGAGAAACCUGAUCCAAUGCUCGAAGAUGUGAAUAUGACCCAAAUGUUUGCCCGCCGCAGUUCAAGUGGACGACAACCCCGACCUUCGGCAUGGCUAGCUGAGGCCGUGGGGUUAGAUGAAUUGCAGAAAACAGCGAAGAAGUUGGAAGAAAAAGGAGAGCAGUUGCCUGAAAGAGAAGUCGUAACGUACGAUACUGAAAUGCAACUGGCAUGUGAAGAAGAAGAGAGAAAUUUGUUACGUGAAGAACGGGCUAAGAAGAAAGGAAAAGUGGUUGGUCCAGGUAUAUACUUUUCGCAGUAGUU